AUGGCCGUGGCAAAGUCCAGCCAGCCCUACUUCGGGCUCAAGGGCAAAUGGCUCACCUUCUGGAUUACGGUUGCUUGCGCAACUGACAUGAGCUUAUUUGGAUUCGAUCAAGGCGUCUUCAGUGGCGUCGUCAUCACGCAAGACUAUCUUGACGUUCACAAUCUCAACGGGUCGGGAAAGACGAGUGUCCUCUCGAUCGUCACAUCUAUCUACACCGUCGGAUGCUUUCUAGGCGCCGUCAUCGCAUUUGGGAUCGGCGAGAAGUACGGGCGAAAGAAGACCAUCAUAGUUGGAACAGUCAUCAUGACCAUUGGGGCCAUCCUGCAGACGAGUUCCUUCAGCGUGCCUCAUAUGAUCGUUGCCCGUAUCGUUACAGGUAUAGGUAAUGGCAUCAAUACAGCAACAGCACCCGUGUGGCAAACCGAGACAUCGAAAGUCCACAACAGGGGCAAGUUGGUCGUGUUCGAGAUGAGCAUGAAUAUCUUUGGGUUCAUGCUCAGUAAUUGGGUCAACUAUGGGAUGUCGUUCGUCGGAGGCUCUGUCGGGUGGCGAUUCCCCCUGUCCGUCCAGCUGCUGUUCUGCCUCGUGCUCUUCUGCACCGUGCCAUGGCUUCCCGAGUCCCCCAGAUGGCUUAUAGCUCAUGGACGAGACGACGAGGCCAGCCUCAUUCUUGCGGACCUCGAGGACAAGUCAGUAAACGAUCCCUACGUCAUGGCCGAGCGCCAGGAGAUUCUGUACAGUGUCGAUUACGAACGCAAAAAUGCAAUCAGAUGGCGAGACAUCCUGCGCGGUCGAACCAAGGCAGGGACGAAGUCAGUGCGACGCCUGAUUCUGGGCUCUGGAACGCAGGCCAUGCAGCAACUGGGCGGCAUCAAUAUCAUGUCAUACUACCUGCCGACGCUUCUCAUCGAGUCGGUCAAGCUCGAGCCUAGCAUGGCACGCCUCAUUGCCGCUUGCGCGUCAGUCGCAUACUUGUUUGCUUCACUUGCCGCCGCACCUCUUGUGGAAAGAUUCGGUCGCCGCAUCAUGAUGAUAAUCUCGACCGCGAUCCAGUUUUUCUGCUUCUUGCUGAUGACAGUACUUCUGUACUACACCGAGAAGCCUGGAUACCCUUACCAGGAUGAAGUUGCCAAAGCUUCUGUGGUCUGGUUCUUCAUCUACUAUAUGGGUUUCGGGCUUGGAAUGUUAGGCAUACCGUGGUUGUAUCCGACUGAGAUUAACAGUCUGCCGAUGAGAACUAAGGCUACCGCUGUGGCAACCAUGACGGACUGGUUAACCAACUUCGUCGUCGUGGAAGUGGCCCCCAUCGGUCUUCAGACCCUGGGCUGGAAGUUCUACAUCGUCUGGACCGUCACUAACGCGGCCUUCUUACCAAUUCUCUGGUUAUUCUACCCAGAGACCAGCGGUCGCACACUCGAGGAUCUCGAUGCGUACUACCGCGACAACCCGCCCCUAAUCGUGAUCAACGACCCGGACUCGACUUCGAGGCGCCGUCCGGCAAAGUUCGCUGCAGCCCAGGGUCGCGAUAUCGAGGAGGCUACUGCGGACCUCAGGAGGCGAUCCGUCCUCGAACAUGACGAGCCCAAGGUCUCACAAUCGGGCAUACGAGUCUGA